AUGAAGUAUUUAAUUAUAUUAAUAUUUUUUAUUCGAUCUAUUAUAUUUACCUCAGGAAAUGAUGAUUGUCUUUUACCAAAGAAUGUUGGUACACAAUGUGAUAAACCAUCAAUGAUGAAAUUUUAUUAUGAUACAAAAACAAAAAUUUGUCAACCAUUUAUGUAUAAAGGUUGUGAUGGUAAUAAUAAUAGAUUUGAUACAUCUGAAAAAUGUAAAAAAGCUUGUAGUGGUACAACAACUUCAACAGGUAAAAAAAAAAUUGAUAAAUGUGAUUCUGGUAUAUGGGCAGCUACUGAUAUAAAUGGUGUACAAUUGACAUGUUCUAAUUGUCCAAAAAAUUCAACCUGUAUUGAUGAUAAAUGUUGUUAUGAUUCAAAUUAUGUUUGUAAUCUUGAUUAUGAUGCAGGUAAAUUUCCAACAGUUGGUAGUCAUACACCAAGAUACUUUUUUGCUAAAGAAUAUAAUUCAUGUAUGAUAUUUACAUACUAUGGAAGUCAAGGAAACCCAAAUAACUUUGAUAAUUUUAAUGAUUGUAUGCGUUUUUGUAAAGAUGUUCGUAUUUCCAAUGUCAAUUAA